CCAACGGAGUAACGCUUUAAUGGGGCAGAUUUGUUCUCUGUACGGGAAACAUGUGGGCCCUUGUCAGACGCCGCCAUGGGAGCGAGUUGCCCUCCACCACAGCCAUCUGGUCACCUCUUGGGGCUCCUGUCCCCGAGCUCAGAAGGGCGGUUUCCUAGAUCCGGUGGUGUGAGGAGGAUGAGGGGCCCUCCAAGACUUUGGGUGUGACGUUGGCAGCUGCAGCUUCUUGGAAUAAUAUUAAUAACAAUGACUAGAAUUUACGGCGUGAUGACGACGUGGCAAACACUGUUUGAUGGGCCUCACGUGUAUUAACUCACUCACUCCUCAUAAGAACUCUUUGCAACGUCAUGUGAGGCCCCUGAUGUACCAGGCUCUGUGCCCUGGAGGCGGGGAUACGAAGACAGAUGAGACGCAUUCCCUGCUUCUUGGAGUCAGUGAUGGAGACCCAGACACGUGCAGGUGCCUCAACACAGGUCCCUGGAUGAGAAGGAGCUGACAGCAGCCGAGCCCCACCUUCUCUGUGUGCUGGGGAGCGGGGCUGCGCCGCCCCGGUGGCCCAAUGCCGAAGAACAGCAAGGUGACUCAGCGCGAGCACAGCAGUGAGCAUGUCACGGAGUCGGUGGCUGACCUGCUGGCCCUUGAGGAGCCUGUGGACUAUAAACAGAGUGUCCUGAACGUGGCUGGCGAGGCAGGUGGCAAGCAGAAGGCGGCGGAGGAGGAGCUGGAUGCGGAGGACAGGCCGGCCUGGAACAGCAAGCUGCAGUACAUUCUGGCCCAGAUCGGCUUCUCCGUGGGCCUCGGCAACAUCUGGAGGUUCCCCUACCUGUGCCAGAAAAAUGGAGGAGGUGCCUACCUGGUGCCCUACCUGGUGCUGCUGAUCAUCAUUGGGAUCCCGCUCUUCUUCCUGGAGCUGGCUGUGGGCCAGAGGAUCCGCCGCGGCAGCAUCGGCGUGUGGCACUAUGUGUGCCCCCGCCUGGGCGGCAUCGGCUUCUCCAGCUGCAUAGUCUGCCUCUUUGUCGGGCUGUAUUAUAAUGUGAUCAUCGGGUGGAGCAUCUUCUACUUCUUCAAGUCCUUCCAGUACCCGCUGCCCUGGAGUGAGUGCCCUGUCAUCAGGAAUGGGACUGUGGCAGUGGUGGAGCCAGAGUGUGAGAAGAGCUCAGCCACUACCUACUUCUGGUACCGAGAGGCCUUGGACAUCUCCAACUCCAUCUCGGAGAGCGGGGGCCUCAACUGGAAGAUGACCCUGUGCCUCCUCGUGGCCUGGAGCAUCGUGGGCAUGGCCGUGGUCAAGGGCAUCCAGUCCUCAGGGAAGGUGAUGUAUUUCAGCUCCCUCUUCCCCUACGUGGUGCUGGCCUGCUUCCUGGUCCGGGGGCUGCUGCUGCGAGGGGCCAUUGACGGCAUCCUCCACAUGUUCACGCCCAAGCUGGACAAGAUGCUGGACCCCCAGGUGUGGCGGGAGGCGGCCACCCAGGUCUUCUUCGCCCUGGGGCUGGGCUUCGGGGGCGUCAUCGCCUUCUCCAGCUACAACAAGCAGGACAACAACUGCCACUUCGACGCCGCCCUGGUGUCCUUCAUCAACUUCUUCACCUCGGUGCUGGCCACCCUCGUGGUGUUCGCCGUGCUGGGCUUCAAGGCCAACAUCAUGAACGAGAAGUGUGUGGUCGAGAACGCCGAGAAGAUCCUGGGGUACCUCAACGCCGACGUCCUGAGCCGAGCCCUCAUCCCUCCGCACGUCAACUUCUCCCACCUGAGCGCCAGGGACUACGCCGAGAUGUACAAAGUCAUCAGGACCGUGAAGGAGGACCGUUUCCCCGCCCUGGGCCUCGACCCCUGCCUCCUGGAGGACGAGCUGGACAAGUCCGUGCAGGGCACAGGCCUGGCCUUCAUUGCCUUCACCGAGGCCAUGACGCACUUCCCCGCCUCCCCGUUCUGGUCGGUCAUGUUCUUCCUGAUGCUCAUCAACCUGGGCCUGGGCAGCAUGAUCGGGACCAUGGCGGGCAUCACCACGCCCAUCAUCGACACCUUCAAGGUGCCCAAGGAGAUGUUCACAGUGGGCUGCUGUGUCUUUGCAUUCUUCGUGGGGCUGUUGUUCGUCCAGCGCUCCGGAAACUACUUUGUCACCAUGUUUGAUGACUACUCGGCCACCCUGCCGCUCACCCUCAUUGUCAUCCUUGAGAACAUCGCGGUGGCCUGGAUCUAUGGAACCAAGAAGUUCAUGCAAGAGCUGACAGAGAUGCUGGGCUUCCGGCCCUACCGCUUCUAUUUCUACAUGUGGAAGUUCGUGUCUCCACUGUGCAUGGCUGUGCUCACCACGGCCAGCAUCAUCCAGCUGGGGGUUACGCCCCCGGGCUACAGCGCCUGGAUCAAGGAGGAGGCUGCUGAGCGCUACCUGUACUUCCCUAACUGGGCCAUGGCGCUCCUGAUCACGCUCAUCGUCCUGGCCGUGCUGCCCAUCCCCGUGGGCUUCGUCCUGCGGCACUUCCACCUGCUCUCCGACGGCUCCAACACCCUCUCCGUGUCCUACAAGAAGGGCCGUAUGAUGAAGGAUAUCUCCAACCUGGAGGAGAACGACGAGACCCGCUUCAUCCUCAGCAAGGUGCCCAGCGAGGCGCCCUCCCCCAUGCCCACCCACCGCUCCUACCUGGGGCCUGGCAGCACGUCGCCCCUGGAGACCAGCGGCAACCCCAACGGACGCUACGGGAGCGGCUACCUCCUGGCCAGCACCCCCGAGUCAGAGCUGUGACCACCGCCCC